GGGUACGUCGAGUAUUUAACUAGUUCCGCGUUCAAACAUAAAAUUAGAUACGGAGAAAAUCGUAAGUAGGGCGGGUUUAAACGGGAACUGAGAAAAAUGUGUGCAGACUUCAGAUGUGCGCGAAAAACCCUCCAGAAACGAAUGCGUUAAUGUGCUCGUGCGGGUUUGCAUGGGGGAGGGGGCCCCUGCACAUCCCUGUGUAUGAGAGUGGAUGGCGUGGGCUUCUCUCCUCCUAAGCGCACAGCAUCAUCAGUCGGUUCACACCAACAGCUCCUUACGCAUCAUCACCCUCCUCCUCAUCACCAUCUCCGGGCUGAAGAGGCACCACAUCGCAAGAAUAAAGACAAAAAAGGAGCCUGGUGACACGGUGACCGCUCUUCAGGUUGUGAGGUGUACCCUAAACAUACCGAAGCUUCAGGUGGCCAUCUUUAAACCCCUUUGCAUCUUCUGAACCUCUUUAAAAUGGAGGAAGGCUACCAAAACCGGACUGCCUUCAUAAAAGGCGCCAAAGACAUUGCCAAAGAAGUCAAGCGGCAAGCGUCUAAGAAGGUCGGCCGCUCGGUGGAUCGUGUGACCGACGAGUACAGCAAGCGCUCCUACAGCCGGUUUGAAGAGGACGAUGAUGAUUAUCCCACACAGGGGAGCCAGGACGGAGGCUAUUACCGCGGCGACAGCCAGGCGGCCAACGACGACGAGGGCGGCCACAGUGACUCCACAGAGGGUCACGAUGAAGACGAUGAGAUCUACGAGGGCGAGUACCAAGGGAUCCCCCGGGCCGAAUCGGGCAAGGGCAGCCUGGCCGGAGGUCCGGGCUCGGUGAGGGCCGGCGCCCAGGAGUUCACGGACAUCGGAGCGUCCGAGGCCGAGAGGAGGAAGGACCAAGAGGAGCUGGCUCAGCAGUACGAGACCAUUUUGCAAGAGUGUGGCCAUGGGAAGUUCCAGUGGACCCUGUACUUUGUGCUGGGGUUGGCUCUCAUGGCAGAUGGCGUGGAGAUCUUCGUCGUCGGGUUCGUCCUGCCCAGUGCUGAGAAGGACAUGUGCCUCUCUGAGCCUAACAAAAGCAUGCUAGGUCUCAUUGUAUAUUUUGGGAUGAUGGUCGGCGCUUUCCUCUGGGGGGCUCUGGCAGACCGGAUAGGCCGUCGACAGUCUCUUCUCAUCUCUCUCUCCAUCAAUAGUAUCUUCUCCUUCUUCUCCUCCUUCGUCCAGGGCUACAGCACCUUUCUGUUUUGCCGACUCCUCUCAGGUGUUGGGAUUGGUGGCUCGAUCCCCAUCGUCUUUUCCUACUAUUCAGAAUUUCUGUCCCAAGAGAAGCGUGGCGAGCACCUCAGUUGGCUCUGCAUGUUCUGGAUGAUUGGGGGAAUAUAUGCGUCCGCCAUGGCCUGGGCUAUAAUCCCACAUUAUGGAUGGAGUUUCCAGAUGGGCUCGGCUUAUCAGUUCCACAGCUGGCGUGUCUUUGUGUUGGUGUGCGCUUUCCCCUCCGUUGCAGCCAUCGCCGCCCUCAGCGCCAUGCCAGAGAGCCCACGCUUCUACUUAGAGAAUGGCAAACAUGACGAAGGCUGGAUGAUUCUGAAGCAGGUUCACGACACCAACAUGCGAGCCAAGGGACACCCGGAGAAGGUGUUUUCUGUCACCACAAUUAAGACGGUGAAGCAGAUGGAUGAGCUGACGGACAUCGGCACAGAUACUCCGAUGUGGCAACGCUACCGGAUGAAGAUCAUCAGCCUCUCCCAGCAGAUACGGAAUAACAUCCUUGCCUGCUUCAGCCCGGAAUAUAAACGGAGGACUUUCAUGCUCAUGGCUGUUUGGUUUACAAUGUCUUUCAGCUACUACGGUUUGACAGUGUGGUUUCCAGACAUGAUCAAGUACAUCCAGAAGCAGGAAUAUGAAUCGCGCACAAAGACCUUCACCAAGGAACGAGUGGAGCAUGUCACCUUUAACUUCACGCUGGAAAACCAAGUGCAUCUGGAAGGACACUACUUCAAUGACAAGUUCCUCAACCUGAAGAUGAAGUCCAUGGUGUUUGAAGACUCUGUGUUUGAGGAGUGCUACUUUGAGGACAUCACCUCCAUACACACCGUCUUUAGAAACUGCACCUUCGUUGCAAGUUUGUUCUACAACACUGAUUUGUUUAAAUACAGGUUUGUCAACUGUAAACUGCUCAACAGCACGUUCAUCCACAACAAGGAGGGCUGCAUGCUCGACUUCAGCGACGACUUCAACAAUGCCUACAUGAUAUACUUUGUCAACUUCCUCGGCACGUUGGCGGUGUUGCCUGGCAACAUUGUGUCGGCCCUAUUAAUGGACAAAAUUGGGCGUUUAAGGAUGCUGGCGGGAUCCAGUGUGAUUUCUUGUGUCAGCUGUUUCUUCCUGAUGUUCGGCAACAGUGAGUCGGGGAUGAUUGCCCUCUUGUGCUUGUUUGGCGGCAUCAGCAUCGCCUCGUGGAACGCCCUGGAUGUGAUAACAGUGGAGCUCUAUCCCUCAGAUAAAAGGACCACAGCGUUUGGCUUCCUGAAUGCCCUCUGUAAGCUGGCGGCGGUCCUGGGCAUCAGCAUCUUCCAGUCAUUCGUUGGCAUCACCAAGGCAGUGCCCAUCAUAUUUGCUGCUGGCGCACUCGCUGCAGGUAGUUUCCUUGCAACAAAGUUGCCUGAAACCAGAGGCCAAGUGUUGCAGUAAAACAAAAUGAACAGAGGCGGGCAGCAGAGCGCGGCUGGAGCGUUGGUUGUGUUUGACAACCAAGAGCCCGAACAUCCCUGAGAGCUUCAGCGCUGCCCGACACACAGAGCAGACGGCCAUCCCCAUUGUAAGCCCAGAAUCCUUUGAAAUAUGGAUUGCAUCACUCUUGAGUCUAUACGGGGGAUUCUAGAGAGGAGCACACAGGUGUAGAAAUAAAUACUUAAAUACAUCUGAUCUUUCAGCUGCCCUGUCAGGUACUAAAAAAAAUAAGACGCAAAGGGAGACGCAGUGCAAAUUGUUAUGUGCAGUGAGGAUAAAAUGAGUUUUCUCUCACAGGCCCACAAAUCUAUGAUCUCUUACACUUUUAUGAAGACAGAUGUUGCAAAAGAAGCAAUUUGUGAGGGAAGGUGAAAAGAUUUAGUCAAUGUGGUUGGUUUUUGAAUGCAGUGUUUUUAUUUGUUGUCUGGCCUCAGUAACUGGCUUCCACUGCUGCUGUUUCAUUUGCUGCUUGUACAGUUACCUUAACAUUUCCAUUCAGGCGGAUGUCUCUGCUUUGAUGACAAGCUUUUCUUUGAAAUGGAUCUGAGAAUGAAUUUCAUGGUGAAAAUAUUUUCUCUAUAAAUCGCUCUUUAUCCUCGACCACUGCCUGCUACUGAAGCCAGACCCUUUUUCUACCAAAUAAUAAGAAAACAUUCCAGUGGGCUUGAUAUAUCCAGAAAUAGAUACUGCAACAUGUCGUUGCAUGAAUCGAAAUCUAAUUCUCCACUAAAAGCCUCAAAACACAGACUAGUGAAGAUCCAUUUCACAGGAUUCUCUCUUAUGAAUGGGAAUCGUUUGAUCCAGCUCCUCAGUGUUCAGUGUUAAAGUAACGUUUCCCCUCGCUGUUGUUGCUCCAUACAGCUGUGGCAGUAUGAUGUCUGCAACACAAGGAUGUCUUUGCGACGGAUUUUGGUCAUGUGUGUAAUGUGAGGACAGGUACUGUUGUGUAUGUGCAUGUGUGUCUUUGUUAUGUGAGACAAGAGAAAGUGUCCAUUUCAUACAAAUCAGUGUAGUCCAUAUCUGAUCCAACAGAGGAAUGUACUGAACAACGGUUACACAUUCAUUUAAAAAAACUAUGUAGCUCAGGUCUGGUAAAAUCUUUUGGUCACUUUACCAGCUGGUAUCACGUUAAAGCGCCACGCUAACAAAUUAUUAUACAUGCAUGAUGGUUUUCUGAGAUUUCUUAUUGAUCCAUCACAUAUGCAUACCUGCGACUGUUAGCUUUUAUUUGAAAACAACUUUUAACUGUGUGAAAAGUUACUUUUCGACAUUGUAAACAAAAGUUUGACAAACGUACAAUCCUUUUGUAUAGUUUGUUCAUAGCAAGAAAAAAAAUCUAAGUUGACCAUGACAUUUCUUUUUUUAUCACUGUGGUGAUUUGCCCUCGAAGCUUACACCCAAUGCAGUAUUCUUGAAUAGUUUAAAUGCCCCCUAAAAGUCAUGUUGGGACUUCAUUAUACUCAUAAGCACAUAUCAAAUGGGACCAAAAGAAGAAAACAAAACACAUUCCUCAUGAUCAUGAAGCGCGGCAGACAUCCAUUGUCUAAUUUUUUUAAGGCCUCCUGUUCCUGUCAUCCUUUCAUACAUUUAUGUGUGCAUGUUAUUCCUCACUGUGCGAUGUUAUCGCUCAUUAGAAAAAUACUCGAGAAAAUGUCAUGUUUUGACUUCCAAAUCUAAAUUCAACCCAAUAACACUAAAGGACAGUGGCCACAUUUGAUACAUAUCACUACUUCCCCAAAGGUGUGCAUCGCUCUGUGUGCUGACAAUCAGUGGUCGAGUAUGUGUGUGUCUGCCCAUCGAGUAUGUUGUGUGACCUAAAGACGUUCUCUGGAUUAUGUGUGUUUGUGUGUUCAGGAUGUUAGAGGCUUUACCGUUGUCUUACUUCUUGAUCUAUGUGUCUGUGGGAUUGAGAAUUUAAAAGAAUAAUUUAAUUAAAUUUGAACCCGUCAUUGACCUGUGCGCUUUGCGCUUGAAGCUAGCCGGUUGUUAGCUUAAAUCAGCAUGAAUACUGGGAAGAGGGGGGUUUGUUAGCCCGGCUGCUUUUAAAGGCAACAAAGCCCUUGUUUUUGUACAGAUUAAAUAAAAAGUAUAUCAGUGAUAUUUAAAGAUGU